UUUGCAUUUAGACACUCCAUUUCUGUCUAUUUUAUUUAUAAAAAAACGAGUUUUUGAAUUUAAACAAACUUCAAAUACUCAAUUCAAACCUUAUUUAAUGAUGCUCUAUGUAAAAAGUAUAAUAGCUUUUCAAUAGAUUGAUACAAAUGAUGAAAACAAUAAAUUAUUAAAUUUAACCUCUAAUCAUACAUAGCUUUUCAUAGGAAGUAAAACGAAAUUUUAAAUAUGUCAAUUAAUCUGGACAUAAAAUUAAAAAGAGCAAGUAAAAUUUAUCAUGAAGGAGAAAUUGUUGCUGGAUUAAUUUUACUCCAAACCAAUUCAGAUGUCAAACAUGAUGGGAUUUUUCUUACAAUGGAAGGUUCUGUUAAUUUACAAUUAAGCUCCAAAAAUGUUGGAAUAUUUGAAGCUUUUUAUAACUCAGUUAAACCAAUUCAACUGGUACAAUAUACACUCGAUGUAGUUCCAGCAGGUAAAAUUCCAAGUGGAAAAACAGAAAUACCUUUUGAACUUCCUUUGAGACCAAGAGGAUCUAAAACUCUCUAUGAAACUUAUCAUGGAGUUUUUGUAAAUAUUCAAUAUGUGAUAAAAUGUGAUAUAAAACGAAGCUUUCUAGCAAAAGAUGUUACUAAGUCAUUAGAAUUUAUGGUAGAAGAUAAACCAUUAUUAGGAAAAGAAGUAAAGGAAUUAAAUAAACCGGUUCAAUUUAAAAUAAUACCUGAGUCAUUACAAAAUAUUCGGGAUAAAGCUUCUGUCCCAAGAUUUUGCAUUACUGGACAAAUAGAUAAAGUUAUUUGUCAAUUAUCUGAACCAUUAACAGGAGAAGUCAUUAUUGAAAGAAGUGAAGUAAUAAAGUCAGUAGAAUUACAAUUGGUUAGAGUUGAGACUUGUGGAUGUGCUGAAGGUUACUCUAGAGAUGCGACAGAAAUUCAAAAUAUCCAAAUUGGUGAAGGGAAUGUUUGUACAGGACUUGCCAUUCCCAUUUACAUGAUCUUCCCACGAUUAUUUACAUGUCCAACAUUGAACACAAGCAAUUUUAAAAUAGAGUUUGAAGUAAAUCUCAUUGUCGUUUUUGAAGAUGAUUAUGUUGUGACAGAAAAUUUUCCCAUAAUUUUAAAACGUCAUUAACUACAUAUUAUUUUGGAUCAAUUAUUGUAUUUUAUUAGAAAGAAUAACAACUUUUAUUAUAAUAAUGGAUACAAAUGACAUAUAAACAUUGCACUUUAUAUUUCUAUCAACAAAAGAAGUAAUGACAAACAGUACUCCAUAAAAAAUUUCAAAAAAGUUGUUCAUAAGUGAAGCUCAUAUUGAGCCGUCAAUUCGAUUAUAUAUGUUUAAUUAAAAAGUAUUUUUUCUUAUAA